AUGCCCAAUUUACUUAGUCUACCUACCGAAUUGAUCACGCUCAUCGGUUCGUUUCUCAGGGCAGGAGUCGUAGGCCUUCUCCGCCUCGUCAACAAAGAACUUCACACAAAGACGUGGCGCAGCUUCUGUCUUCGCUUCCAAACCGUGAAGGUAUCUCUCAUCCGCAUCAGCAUACAAGCGCUGAGUGAUGCAGCGGCAUCCCCUGACAUCGCCAACGAGAUCAAGCACAUGAUCAUCGGCACCGAAACUCUUGAACAAUACGAACAUGCACCGACGUCAUAUCCCCGUGCGCUACGUGCCAUGAUAGCCAACGAGGGCAAGGCCGUCGACUUGCGCAUUUGGCUACAACAUAUCAUCGUCCAAAAGCUGCCGAACCUGCGUAUAAUCACACUAGAAGAUCGUCCCGAAGAUCCAGAUAGCGAAUACUACCGUCCAAGUAUGGGAAGCAGAGAGCUCCUGCGAAGAGCUGGCGUUGAUCUGAGCUUAAACGGACCGUACGGUCUAUCAAUCUGGGACAACCCCCGUCGAGGAGACGAUCGAUCCUUCCCCUUGGUAUCGCGAUUGCUGGUAUUUGCGACUGUGUUCAGCAUGUUGCGCUAUCUAGACACUGAAAGUAUGGUAAUGGAUUUCCGGAUCGUGAUAAGAGGUCAUCGGAUUCGGGGGCAGGAGGAGAGCGAUAUCAGAGAAGCUUUUGAUAUAACAGAUAAGUGUACUAAAGAGGUACUUGACGCUCAUCUUACGCAGAUUACGGUGGGUGAAGAUGAGAGUAGGUAUCUUGUUACGGAUCGGUUUUUGGAGUUUGUGCAAGGUCUUCGCGACUUUGCGCUAGGUAAACGUAUUCUGUUGAUUGAACGGUCGGCUGAGGGGCAGUUUGCCUGA